GAGCUUACAGGCCACAUCAGAAUUUGAUGUCAUUCUGCAGGGGAUAGCGCAAUCUCUUCAUAACAAAUCUGAGGUCGAUGGUCUCAGAUCAGCCUUGGGAUUCGGGCAAGCAGAUAUCACUGCAGACACAGAUGAGAAUGAGAAACAAGAUGGGGACUAUAGGGGGACUUUGGAUAUGCUCAGAAAGUGGGCAGAAAGGCAGGCAGAUUCAACAGAAAGAGCGAAACUUCAAUCGGCGCUAUUGGAUGCACAAUUAGUAUCACUUGCUGAUAAACGUUUGAGCAUAGCUGAAGCCAAUACUUCUUUGUAUUCUACAAGCAUCACUCCUGUUGUUUGUGAGAUCUCUCUCAUUCAACAUGCAGAAAAUGACAGGCAAAGUACCCAACAGAAUGAAUAUUCCCAAGGCCCUACCUGUUUUGAAGAAAGAUGGAGCUCACAGACACAACAGGAAUUCGACGCCAUUUUGAAAAAAAUAGCACAAUCCCUAUAUAAGAAAUCUGACAUUGAUAAUCUCGGAUCAGCGCUAGGAUUCGGGCCAGCAGAAAUUGGUCGAUGCACCGAUGAGAACGAUAAACAAGGAGGGAACUAUAUGGGGACAUUGGCUAUGCUCAGGACGUGGGGAAAAUUGCAGACAGAUUCAACGAACAGGAAAAAUCUGAGGAUUGCACUAGUAGCAGCUGGAUUAGUGAACCUGGCAGAAGCAUAUACACCUGAUGACAUUGAUAGUAUGGUUUAUAGCCCCAUUCCUGUCGAUACUGAGAGCUCUACCGAUCACCUUCGUGUAAAAGACAGUAACACGGGCAGCAGAGAGGAGCUAAAAGAAGAAAUUAAGGAACUAAGAGGAGAGGUGUUGGCGUAUGAACCGGGUGAAGCAUCGGUGCAUCCUAAACGAGUUGAAUUCCCGGAGAAUCUUUACAUAGGACUUUUUGGCCGAACAGGAUGCGGGAAAACAUCGCUGAUAAAUUCCCUGAAGUAUGCCACUCAUGGAAGAUUGCGAAGAGCUAAAUGGCUACAGGUAGCUACACAGGAGAAGGCCGGUGGGCACACCAUGUUCAGAAAAAUAGCUGAUAUUACGAAGAGGAUUUUUGUGAUUGAUAACCGCGGCUUCGAUGGCCUUUCCACCGAUCGAGCAACUGCAGAACUGUUGGGACAGUUAGCUGGAGAGCGAGGAUAUGGAUCAAAAGUCGAAUGGCAAGAGGAUGGAGACGAGGACAAAGCAGAACUGGACUUUGUCGAGCAAAACAAAGGACAUAAACUUGGUUGCGUGGUCUUUGUAUUUAGGUAACCAGUUUACAAUAUAAAAUAGGUGUUGUCUUCCCUUAGAACCCUUAGUUCUCCGUGGAUCAUUCGCGUAUUCGGGGGGGGGGGGGAAGGGCCCGGGCCCCCGGGUAGACGAGAGGGGAGCUCCAAAAAGAGGAAGAAAAGAGGCAAAAGGAAAAGGGGGAAAGAAGAAGAGAAAGAUACAAAAGGGGGG